ACAGUGGUGGUCCUAGCGCCCUGUGGGGUUCUAUUGCUACUGGCCCCGUACCACUUGUAUACCCUCAGAAAGAGCAAGGACGGGGUCAUACCUUUAUCAUGGUUCAACAUUACAAAAAUGGUGUGCAGUGUUCUCCUGGCUUGUCUCACCCUGGUGGAUGUGUUUAAGGGGAUUCAGGAGAGAACCAAUGGCAUAACAGUACCACCUGUGAACUUUGUCUCAUCAUUAAUUCUUGUCUUAACAUUGGCCUUCACAGUUUUCCUCAUCAAUUAUGAGCGUAUACAUGGAUUGAGAUCGUCAGCAUAUCUAUUUAUAUUUUGGUUCCUUUUAGCAUUGUUUGAAAUUGUUACAUUUCGCUCCAAAAUAAGAGUGGCUCUUAUUGAGGGAGGAGUUACAGAUGUUGCAAGAUUUGUUGCAUUUUAUAUAUUCUACCCAAUAGUUCUAGUUCAGGUAGUCCUGGCUGCCUUGGUGGAUUUAGAACCUGCUACUUAUGAGGUGGAACGAGAUGAGAAUCCAUGUCCAGAGAGAAGUGCCUCUUUUCUCUCCAGGAUAACAUUCUGGUGGUUUACUGGCUUAGUUAUUAAAGGAUUUAAGAAUCCGCUGGAGAGGAGUUCUCUGUGGUCACUGAACCCUGAUGACAAAUCUUCCUCUGUCGUGCCACAAUUCACAGUAGAGUGGGACAAAGAAUUGCGGAAAGCAAAGUGUGGAAGAUACAAGAUAUCUAAAGAAGGCCAGAGUGAUGGGAAAGGAGCUGACAAAGAGACGCGUACCCGCUAUGAGGAUGGUACGGUCUAUACAGAAGUCACAGUCGUGGACGGACAGAAGAAGAAAGAGCCAUCCUUGUUUAUGGCAUUGACCCGGGCGUUUGGGACGGUGGGAGUCAUCGCUGGGUUGUUUAAACUCAUGCACGAUAUUCUUAUAUUUGUCAGCCCCUAUUUAUUGAAGUUGAUGAUACAGUUUACAAAUGACAAGUCCAUCCCUACCUGGAAGGGUUACUUGUAUGCCGCCCUGAUGGUCAUCAUUGCCCUCAUUCAGUCUCUUGUCCUGCACCAAUACUUCCACGGUUGUUUUCUGCUGGGAAUGAGGCUGAGGACAGCCAUUAUUGCUGCCGUCUACAAUAAGGCUUUGCUGUUGUCAAACUCUGCUCGCAAGUCAUCCACUGUGGGAGAGAUCGUGAACUUGAUGUCUGUGGACGCCCAGAGAUUCAUGGAUCUGAUGACCUACAUCCACAUGUUGUGGUCGGCUCCGUUCCAGAUAGCAGUGUCGCUCUACUUCCUGUGGCAGACCUUGGGGCCCUCUGUCCUGGCUGGGCUUGGUGUCAUGAUCUUACUGAUACCUGUGAACGCCGUCAUCGCUAACAAGACUAAACAGUUACAGGUCAAGCAGAUGACUCUUAAAGAUGAGAGAAUAAAGCUGAUGAAUGAGAUUUUGAAUGGUAUCAAGGUGCUGAAGUUGUAUGCAUGGGAAGGAUCAUUCCAGGAGAGAGUACUAGGUAUCCGGAACAAAGAGUUGGUAGAGUUGAGGAAGGCUGCCUACCUGAAUGCAGGCACAUCAUUUACGUGGGUGUGCGCCCCAUUCCUGGUAUCCCUGAUCACAUUUGCAGUGUAUGUUCUCUCCAGCCCGGAAAAUGUCCUUGAUGCAGAGAAAGCAUUUGUUUCUCUGUCCCUGUUCAACAUUCUGCGCUUCCCCUUGUCCAUGUUACCUCAACUCAUCAGCAACAUGGUACAGACCUCAGUCUCCAUGAAACGCCUGCGUGUGUUUCUCAGUAAUGAUGAGCUGGAUCCAGAUGCUGUUCAGACCAACCCGGAAGCCAAGCAUGCUAUUGAGGUGAAAAAGGGAACAUUUACCUGGGACAAGGAUGGCGACCCUAUUUUAAAAAGCAUUGACCUGAUGGUACCCCAGGGGUCCCUGGUGGCUGUGGUCGGGGCUGUGGGGUCAGGCAAGUCAUCACUGCUGUCAGCUCUGCUAGGGGACAUGGAGAAAAUCUCUGGGUCUGUCAAUGUCAAGGGAUCAGUUGCAUAUGUGCCCCAGCAGGCCUGGAUUCAGAAUGCCACCCUGAAGAACAACAUCCUGUUUGGGAAGAGCUUACAGGACUGUGAUUAUUACAAGGUGAUUGAUGCCUGCGCCCUAAAGUCUGACUUUGAGAUGUUACCUGCUUCUGAUCAAACAGAGAUAGGAGAAAAGGGUAUAAACCUCAGUGGUGGUCAGAAGCAGAGGGUCAGUCUGGCCAGGGCAGUCUACCAGGACACUGACCUCUAUCUUCUGGAUGACCCUCUCAGUGCUGUAGACUCGCAUGUCGGCAAGCAUAUCUUUGAACAAGUUAUUGGUCCAGAUGGAGUGCUGAAAGGAAAGACCCGUAUCCUGGUGACCCACGGGAUAGGUUACCUGCCACAGGUAGAUCAGAUCAUUGUGUUAGUGGAUGGUCAGAUAUCUGAGGUGGGUUCCUACAAAGAGUUGAUGGAUCAUGCUGGAGCUUUUGCGGACUUCCUGAAGAAUUACCUGACAUCUGAAGAGGAUCUAGAGGAGGAGAUCCUGGAUCCUGAAGACCCUGUAAGCAACAUGGAAGCUGCCACAUUACGGGAAGAAAUUCUUUCUCAUCUGGGUUCAAUAAUGGAAGAUGAAGGCUCAAAACAACUCAUCAACAGGCAAAUUUCUCGUGUGCGCACUCAGACAGAGAAUUCUGAAGAGAAACCAGUGUCCAGGACAGCAUCACAGGCAUCAAAACUGAACUCCACAUCCCAGCUGUCCCUGAACAAGGUUGUGGAUGUAGAUGGGAAGACGUGUAAACCUCCAUCCUGGUACAAGGGCCCAGAGGAGCAGGAUAAACUGAUCCAGAAGGAGGUGUCUAUGACAGGCAGGGUGAAGCUGGCAGUGUUUUUAGCAUACUUCAAGGCCAUAGGUUUACCUGUGUCUUGCCUUAUUGUUUUGUUCUACGUGCUGAACAAUGCGGCCAGUAUCUACUCCAACAUCUGGCUGAGUGAAUGGAGCAAUGAUGCCAGUCAGAACGCUACCAUGGGAACAGAACAGAGAGACAUGAGGCUAGGGGUUUAUGGAGCACUGGGUUUGCUACAAGGGAUAUUUGUUCUGCUUGGGGCACUAUUGAUAUAUCGGGGGAAUAUCCGAGCAGGCAGAGUACUGCACUGUGACCUGCUGACCAAUGUCCUGGCCUCCCCCAUGAGCUUCUUUGACACCACACCUCUUGGCCGCACAAUCAAUCGCUUUGGUAAAGACUUAGAUGUAGUAGAUGUGACUUUGCCAAUGAUCUUCCGCUCGUGGUUGGCCUGUGUGCUGAAGGUGGUGGCCGUGCUGUUAGUGAUAAGCAUCAGCACUCCGCCAUUUGUAGCUGUCAUCCUGCCCCUAGCCCUCAUCUAUUUCUUAGUUCAGAGGUUUUAUGUGGCGACCUCACGUCAACUCAAGCGUCUGGAGUCUGUCAGUCGCUCUCCCAUUUAUUCCCACUUUGGGGAGACGAUCACAGGUGCCCCAACAAUCAGAGCGUAUCGACAACAGAAGCGCUUUAUGGAGGAGUCAGAGGCCAGAGUGGACGAAAACCAGAUCUGUUACUACCCCAGUAUUGUCUCUAACAGAUGGCUGGCCAUUCGCCUGGAGUUUGUUGGGAAUUGUAUCGUUUUCUUUGCCUCGUUAUUUGCCGUCAUACAGAGGGAUUCUCUGGAACCUGGUACUGUGGGGCUGUCCAUCACAUACGCUCUCAGUAUCACCCAAACACUGAACUGGAUGGUGCGGAUGACAAGCGAACUGGAGACUAACAUUGUGGCUGUGGAGAGAGUUAAGGAGUACUCUGAAACUCCUACAGAGGCUGACUGGGUAAUAGAGAACAACAGGCCAGGAGCCAAAUGGCCAGAGGAAGGCACUGUGGAAUUUGAGAACUACUGUGUCCGAUACAGAGAGGGGCUUGACCUGGUGCUUAAGGGGAUUGAUUGUAAAAUCACACCAGGAGAAAAGAUUGGAAUUGUGGGUAGAACAGGUGCGGGUAAAUCUUCCCUGACCUUGGCAUUGUUUAGAAUCAUAGAAGCUGCCGGGGGAAGCAUCAUCAUUGAUGGAAUCAAUAUCUCCAAGAUUGGUCUGCAUGACUUGAGGUCUAAGAUCACCAUUAUCCCUCAGGACCCGGUGUUGUUUGCUGGCACACUGAGGAUGAAUCUGGACCCGUUUGAUGCACACACAGACGACGAUGUAUGGAAAUCUCUGGAGCAUGCUCACCUGAAGAACUUUGUGUCUUUGUUACCUGAGGGUCUGCUGUAUAAGUGCACAGAGGGAGGAGAGAAUCUCAGCGUUGGUCAGAGACAGUUGGUGUGUCUAGCACGUGCUUUGCUGCGGAAGACAAAGAUCCUGGUCCUGGAUGAGGCCACAGCAGCAGUGGAUCUGGAGACGGAUGAUUUGAUCCAGGCCACCAUCCGUACAGAGUUUGCAGACUGCACCGUGCUUACCAUUGCUCAUAGACUAAACACCAUCAUGGACUACACCAGAAUCAUGGUCUUAGAUGCAGGCAGGGUGAAGGAGUUUGACAACCCACAGACUCUAUUACAGGAUAAUUCCAGUGUUUUCUAUGGUAUGGCCAAGGAUGCCAAUCUGGUGGCCUAAUUUUCUAAUAGAAAUACAUGUGUUAAAUAUUCUCCCUUGUAAGAAUGAAGAAGAUUGACAACUCACAUGCUCUCAUACAGAAUCCCAGUGUUUCCUACAGUGUGGCUAAAGAUGCUAUUCUGGUGGCCUAAGUGUCUAUGCCAGCAGGAAAAAUAAGUGCUGUCUAGAGAACGAAAGUGAAUGUGUGCAUGUUCCCACAGCGUUGCGUGUACCUCCAAAGUUUGGAUAAGGCUUGAGUUCUGAUGAUUGUAGUUGUUACCUUGCUGGGUUAAAAUUGUAUUGAGGAAACCCUCACAGUAUGAAAACACAUUCACGUUUUGCCCUUACUCUUACCAUGAAUUUUUACUUUUCUUUUUUGCCUUGUAAUUUAUUAGGUUGUUAUAAAAAAAGCUUUUUAUUGUAUACUUCACUGUGACUUUCCAUUUUACGUUUAUAUUCACGUUUAUGGUGAAAUGUAGUAUUUAUAGAGACGCAAUAUUUAAAUGCAUUUUUGAGUACUCAUUUUAAAUGAAAGCAAAUAUUUUACAGGUGAAGUUUAGUUUUGACAUCAUUUUUUUAAGUGAAAAUGUGGACUAGAUUUCAUUAGAGCCAUGUAUAUGUAUAUAUUAGGUCUCUGUAAAUGAAGUUUCUAUGUUCUGAAGUGAUCUUACAUGUAUGUAUGUGCUACAGCCACCGAAUUGGUGGCUAUAUUUUUGUGUUACUCUAACUACAUGUAUGACAUUGGGAAGCUGUUUGAUGUAGUUGCAUGUAGAAGUUAGGAAACUGCUGUGUAGAAGGGAUACAAUUUUUCUUGGCUAUAGGGAGUAGGUUUUCUCACUUAAGAAAUAAAACUUCUGUAAAAAAUUCAAAAUUAUUUUUCACGGGUAACUCAAGUGUUACUUGUGUGGAAUUCAUAGUUGAAUAAGGAUGUCAUUUACAUGCAUAUUACAUGCACAUAAAUCAUCAUGUGUUUUUGUUUUGUAAAGUUCUGCACUAUUUUGGUUUUGUUUCAUAUUGUGCAACACCGAGUAAUUAAAUGCUAAUUUCAUGUUUUCAUUUUUCUUUUUUUAGUUGGUUGUCUGUUUAUACUUUUUUGUGGUGCCAGAUUGACAUAAUCGUUUGCAAUUCCUAGUCAGUUAUAGAGGUAAUGGUUCUUAUUAAAUCAUAUCACAUUUAUGGGUGUACAGCAUUAUGUUGGGGCAAUGUCUAGGAUGACAAAAAGUACAAUGCACUGGUUUGUAGAGAAAAUAACAAACCGUGAGCAUCAGGCAGGGGUCGUCUCAGGCAAGCUUUAUAAUGAUUGCUUUAUUAUGAUACUGUUUGGUUUUCUGGAUAGAAGAGAAAGGAUUAAUUUUCUAGGUAGAUGAGAACGGUUUGGUUUUCUCGAUAGAAGAAAAAGGUUUGGUUUUCUGGAUAGAAGAGAAAGGUUUAAUUUUUCUGGAUAGAAGAGAGAGGUUUGAUUUUCUGGAUAGAAGCAAAAAGUUUGGUUAUAAAAGAAAGGUUUGGUUUUCUGGAUAGAAGAGAAAGGUUUGACUUUCUGGAUAACAGAAAGGUUUGGUUUUCUGGAUAGAAGAGGAAGGUUUGGUUUUCUUGAUAACAGAGAAAGGUUUGGUUUUCUGGAUAGAAGAGGAAGGUUUGGUUUUCUUGAUAACAGAGAAAGGUUUGGUUUUUGGAUAGAAGAGAAAGGAAACAAAAUAUUUAAUGAAACUCGUCUUGCAUGUGAAUUUGCAUGAGGCUUACUGUUGAUGUCAUAUUCACUUUACAACUUUGAGAGAAGGUAAUUUUUAUGUGUAUGUGUCUCAAGACUAAACUUCUAUGAUAAGCGUUGUUGAAAACUUUCAUUCAACUUCCGUAUCAUAGCCUCCCUAUUGAGAAUCCAGUUUUGAAAGCCUUUUAGUUGUAGUCUCAUAUUUUGGUUUGUCUCUUAUUCAUUUCAGCUUGUUUUUCACAUCAAAAUUCUUUAGAAUAUAUCAGUAUUUGUUAACUGUAAAUUCCAUGUAUGCAUGUUUCUAUGGUAUAAAAAAAACUAUAUUGUGUCCCACAAAGAAUAUAGCGAAUAUUGUUGAUGUGCACAUCAAACAGUUGCUUUGUAAACAUUUUGGAUUCAGCUUAUGCUGGAUUCCUCUCCGGCCGCACGUGAGAAGACCUGUGGAUGGGCAUGGAUUUGGUUUCCUCCCACCAUAAUGGUCACUAUUGUGUAAGUGAAAUAUUCUUUAGUUCGGCCUGAAACAAUCAGAUAAAUAAAAUGUAUUUUGGACUACGCAGACGGCAAUAAGAUAUGUGUUUGGCGUGGACAAAAAGCACAAUUGGUCAUGGUUUAAUCUCAGGAUCUUACACUGAAUUCUCUAGUUUCCAUGGUCAUCGUGGCCCAGUGCCAACACAGCCACUGGUAAAUAAGCAACGCCCAGAAGAUUUCCUCACUCCUGUCGAGUUUUCCGUAUGGAAUAAAUCAGACCACAAGGGCUAAACUCUCAAACAAGCUCAGGACCAUUGGAGGUAUUUUUGCUACAGGUUUCCCAGCAAUAACGUUUCACCUUGAUUAAUCCCAAUGCUUUUUAGAGGUUUUAAAUAUGCAAAAUAUAGGAGGGUUUCUCAUGCACCGAGCAUGAUGGACCACAAUAUUUUAGGAACAAACAUAAAAACCAGUGAGUUGUCACCUUGCGGAUCGUAGUCUGGUGCUGCCUCAUUGAAACGUCCUGCGAGAAACACCAGACGAGAUCUCACCGAGUCACGGCGAAGACCUGCUGCCACUAGCUGGGAAUAGGCGUGCCAAAUACCAAAAAUACCCAUUUCAAAGUAUUCAAUUGCCUGAACUAUCUCGCAAUUGAGCCAGUGUCUCCAUCUUACAACCAGAAAUUUCUGUUUCCCAGGAUUAUCA